AUUUUUUUUUUUUUCUGCGUCUCUCUGUUUCUCCUCUCCGGUUACAGUACUGUGUCUCAUUUCUCUAUUAACCUUCUAUAAUCAUCGCGGCGCUCUUUAGCUUGCCGCACUCUAUCAUACUCCCCGGAGGUAAGGAGAGAACUUAGGGUUCGGUGUUUAAUCUGAUCCGUAAAAAGAAGAGAGAUCAAUUUCUAAGGUUAUAUUUUGGUAUUUGUUUUAGUUAUUUGAUGCGUUGGCGGGGAUUGGAAUCCGCCAAACGGGAUACAUAUUUGGGUCAGAACGUGAGAUGGCCAAUCCCGGGGUCGGGACAAAGUUUUUGUCUGUGAAUCUGAACAAAUCUUAUGGGCAAUCACAUCAUCAGCAUCAGAAUAAUCUUCACAACUUAUCUCAUUCGGGCCAUCAUGGGUCCAAUAGGGGCCGCCCUGGUGGUGGUGCUGGUGGAGGAGGAAUGGUGGUCUUGUCACGGCCCCGAAGUUCCCAGAAGGCGGCUGGGCCUAAGCUUUCCGUUCCACCCCCCUUGAAUCUGCCCUCGUUACGGAAAGAGCAUGAGAGAUUUGAUUCGUUGGGAUCCAGUGGUGUGUCUGCUGGGGGAGGGGUUUCAGGUGGUGGGCAGAGACCUGGUUCCUCCGGCAUGGGUUGGACUAAGCCGGGUACACAAGUUGCUUUGCAAGAGAAGGGAGGAGUUGUUAGUGGUGAUCGUAUGACAGAUGAUGGUGUUGAUCAGGGUUUGCAUGGUGUUGAUGGAGUGAGUAAGGGGAGUGGUGGUGGUGGUGCCUAUAUGCCGCCUUCUGUGCGGUCUGGUCCUGUCAGGCCUCCAUCUUCUACCUUUCCGCAUGUAGAGAAGGUGAGUGUAUUAAGGGGUGAAGAUUUUCCAUCUUUGCGGGCUGCAUUGCCAUCUCUGUCUGGCUCUGAAAAGAAACAUAGAGACGGUUUGAAUCAGAAACAGAAGCAUGCUAUGGGUGAGGAGUAUGGUAAUAGUGACCGAAGCGAUAGUUCUAGAUUGAACUCCCUUGUUGACUUGCAUCCUCGGUCACAGUCAGGUGGUUUUGGUAAUGGAUUGAGUGAGAAUGGUGGUAGAAAUCGUGAUUUGGGUGGUUCUCGUGGAUCAGAGCAAGUACGAAAGCAGGAUGAAUACUUUCCAGGUCCAUUGCCAUUGGUUAGGUUGAACCCAAGAUCUGAUUGGGCUGAUGAUGAGCGUGAUACGGGUCAUGGUUUUGCAGUCCGGGACAGAGAUCAUGGGUUUUCAAAGAGUGAAGCUUACUGGGAUAGAGAUUUUGAUAUGCCAAGGCCAAGUGUUUUACCACACAAGCCAGCUCAUAAUGUUUUUGACAGGUGGGCACAGCGUGACAAUGAAACUGGAAAGGUUUCUUCCAGUGAAGUCACUAAAGUAGACCCUUUUGGCAGAGAUGCAAGAACACCUAGCAGAGAGGGACGGGAAGGGAACUUGUGGAGAGCUUCUUCUCCUCUUCAAAAAGAUGGAUUUGGUGCACAAGAGAUAGGAAAUGACAGAAAUAGUUUUGGUGCAAGGCCAUAUAGUCAGAACAGAGAAGCAAACAAGGAGAAUAAAUUCGUUUCUUCGUCGUUUCGAGACAUCCCGCCUGAUGAUUUUGGUAAAAGGGAUUUGGGGUAUGGACAGGCUGGGAGGCAGCCUCGGAACAACAUGGGGAACUCACCUUACCGUCAGAGGGCUGAAAGGAAUCCAUGGGAGCGAUAUGGCAAUGAACAAUACAAUAGAUUCAGGGGUGAUGUUUCCCAGAAUAAUUCGGCAUCAAAAUCAUCAUUUUCCUCAGGUGGCAGAGGGCUUCCAGUUAAUGAUCCCAUUCUCAAUUUUGGUAGGGACAAACGUCCAGUAAUGAAGAGUGAAAAACCUUACCUGGAGGACCCUUUCAUGAAGGACUUUGGGGCUUCUGGUUUUGAUGUACGUGAUCCUUUUUCUGGGGGUCUUGUUGGGGUUGUUAAAAAGAAGAAAGAUCUUAAGCAGACUGAUUUUCAUGACCCUGUCCGCGAAUCUUUUGAGGCUGAGCUUGAGAGAGUCCAAAAGAUGCAGGAGCAGGAGCGGCUGCAGAUUAUUGAGGAACAUGAAAGAGCUUUGGAGCUAGCUCGCAGAGAAGAAGAAGAGAGGCUAAGAGUGGCUAGGGAACAAGAAGAACAUCGGAGAAGGUUAGAAGAAGAAGCCAGAGAAGCUGCAUGGAGAGCUGAACAAGAGCGACUGGAUGCCAUGCGCAAGGCCGAAGAACAGAGGAUAGCUAGAGAGGAGGAGAAACAGAGGAUUGUCAUGGAGGAGGAGAGGAGGAAACAGGCUGCUAAGCAGAAACUCUUAGAAUUGGAAGAAAGAAUGGCCAAGAGGCAGGUUGUAGCAAUUAAGGGUGGUAGUAAUUCUUCCAUUGUUGCAGAAGAGAAAUUUUCAGGAAUGCCUAAAGAAAGAGAUAUUUCCAAAGUGACAGAUUUGGCUGAGUGGGAAGAUGGUGAAGGAAUGGUGGAGAGGAUUACAACUUCAGCAUCUUCUGAUUCCUCUGGUCUGAAUAGAGCCUUUGACAUGAACUGUAGGCCUCACUUUGCCAGAGAUAAUUCUCCUGCCAUUAUGGAAAGAGGCAAGCCUAUUAACUCAUGGAGAAGGGAUGCAUUUGAGAAUGGGAACAGCUCAGCCUUCUUUCCACAGGACUCGGAUAAUGCUCAUUAUAGCCCCAGGCGAGAUGCAACUGUUGGCGGGAAAACAUUUCCUCGGAAAGAGUAUUUUGGAGGACCUGGUUUUAUGUCAUCAAGGACUUAUUAUAAAGCGGGGAUUCAAGAGCCGCGCACAGAUGAAAUUAAUCAUCCAAGAGGUCAGAGAUGGAAUAUAUCUGGGGACGGUGAUCACUAUGCCAGAAAUGCUGAGGUUGAAUCUGACUUUCAUGAGAAUCAGUCUGAGAGAUACAGUGAUGUUGGAUGGGGCCAUAGUCGGUAUCGUGGCAAUCCUUAUCCUUCAUACCCUGAAAGACUAUAUCAAAAUCCCGAAACAGAUGGGCUUUCUUCCUUUGGGAGGUCAAGGUAUUCCAUGAGGCACCCUCGUGUACUUCCCCCUCCAUCUCUGAGUGCGAUGCAAAAAACUUCCUAUAGACGUGAGAAUGAGCGACCUGGCCCUUCAACUUUUCAAGAAAAUGAGAUGGAGUACAAUCAUGCAGCAAGAAGUGAAACAACUGGGAAGAUAGGUUUUGACAGCAGCAAUCAGCAUAAUCUUGUACAACCUGAAAUAAUUGAUGUCCAGCAGGAUAAUGCUGCUAGUCUGGAACAGAAUCUGGAUACGGAUACCACACCAAGAUGUGAUUCACAGUCCUCACUCUCUGUCUCUAGCCCUCCUGAUUCCCCAGUUCAUCUAUCUCAUGAUGACUUGGAUGAAUCUGGAGAUUCUCUGGCAUUAUCUGCCGAUGAGGAUAAAGAUAUCUCAUCAGGACAAGGCAACGAUCCUGUUGUGUUGCCCAUGGAAUCCGAGAAAGAGAAUAUGAUGACUCACUCUAGUUCUGUCUCGGUUGGUGAUGAUGAAGAAUGGACAGUUGAGAAUGAUGAACGAUUGCAGGAGCAAGAAGAAUAUGAUGAGGAUGAAGAUGGAUAUGAGGAAGAAGACGAAAUUCAUGAAGGAGAUGAUGAGAAUAUUAACUUGACAGAGGAAUUUGAAGAUAUGCAUUUGGUGGAGAAAAGCUCUCCCGACAUGGUGAACAACUUGGUCUUAGGCUUCAAUGAGGGUGUUGAGGUUGCAAUGCCCAAUGACGAGUUUGAAAGAAGUCCCCUAAAUGAAGAAUCAUCAUUUCCAGUACCACAGGUUUCUGUUGGUACUGUUGUUGAAGACCAGGGAUGUUUUGAUGGUGUGUGUGGAACACUACAAUCUGCCAAUGUUCCUUCCCAAGCAACUACUGGUGGUUCUUCUAGAAUCUUCCAGGAGGCUGAGAAUGCAAUGCACGAUUUGGUUAUUCAGCCCAGUAGUACACAAUUAUCAGCAGCUUCUGAGCUACUGGUUCAUGCGGAUGCUAACAGUGGUUCUGUUGUGUCUAAUCAGCAGCCAAUACCGUCUUCUAUUGAUAUGACAUCACAUUCAUCAUCAGAUCAGACCGUCACGUCUGCAACUUCUGCUGGUCCAAGUCAGGCAGAGGCACCUGUUAAGCUGCAGUUUGGGCUGUUUUCAGGGCCUUCUUUGAUACCUUCUCCUAUUCCAGCCAUACAGAUUGGUUCUAUACAGAUGCCUCUUCUGCAUCCCCAAGUGGGUCCAUCCCUUGCCCAUAUGCACCCCUCACAAUCUCCUCUCUUCCAGUUUGGACAGUUGAGAUAUUCUUCACCUAUUUCCCAGGGAGUACUUCCUUUGGCAGCUCAAUCAGUGCCUAUUGUUCAAUCUAAUAUAUCAGCCAACUUUUCAUUGAAUCAAAAUGCAGCAGUUUCACAGCCUAUUCAACCUAGUCCAGAAAUUUCUCAGAAUUUGAUGAAAAGUGAUGCAUCGUCUCUUUCGAUGGAUAACCAAUUAGGCCUUGCUCAAAGGCAUUUGGAUCUUUCUGAAGGGAAUGCAUUAAAUGAGGUAACUUCAUUGCCAGCAAGUGAAAGUGCAGUAACUACUUUUAUGGCACAGCAGGGUCGUGCAGAGGUUUUCCCCCUUGGUGAUAAGAAAACAAGGUCUGAUUCAGGUCUUCAAGUAGAGGACCAGGGUCACCAUAUUUCAGUCAUGAGAAACUUCAAAUCCUUGUCCAAAGAAUCAGAAAACCUGCUUCAGGCUAGAGCAGCAUCUUCUGUGUCAAGUUCAAAAGAAAAAACGUUGAAUGUGUCAAAAGCUCAAGGUCUAAUAUCUGGUGGCAGAAGUAAAAGAUAUGUUGUUUCAGUUAGAAAUAAUUCUGGCUCAAAGUCAUCUUUUGUUGCUCCUGAAACUUCUCGCUCAGAUUCUGGUGGAUUUCAGAGGAGGCCUCGGCGCCAGCGAACUGAGUUUCGAGUUCGGGAAAAUAUUGAUAAGCGGCUAUCUGCUGGUGUUGUUUCAGCUAACCAAAUAACUCUAGAUGAUAAAUCAAAUAUCAAUGGAAGGGGUACUGGAUUUUCUAACCGAAGUGGGUAUAGGAGAGUCGUUGUGUCAAAUAAAUCGAUGAAACAGAUGAAUGAAUCAGAAUCCCUGGAUUUAGGUGUAAUAAGUUCACGGGAAAUAGACUCUGGAAGCAAGGCUGGAAAGGGAGUAGGAAGAGAAUCAUUGACUAAGAGUCAGAACAUCCCACAUCCUGAAGAGGGAAACCUUAAAAGGACCUUUCGCUCUAAAGAGGAUGUUGAUACUCCCUUACAAAGUGGCGUCGUGCGUGUUUUUGAGCAACCUGGCAUAGAAGCCCCUAGUGACGAAGAUGACUUUAUUGAGGUGAGGUCGAAGAGGCAAAUGCUGAAUGAUCGGCGUGAACAGAGAGAAAAAGAGAUCAAGGCAAAGUCUCGGUUCACAAAGAUGCCAAGGAAAUCUCGUUCAACUUCGCAAAAUUCUCUUGUCUCAGCAAGUUCAAACAAAUUUUCUGCAUCAAUGAGUGAAGCAGCAAAUGAUGUUCGCUCUGAUUUUGUUGCCACUGACGGACGGAAUUCGGCACAUAUGGAAGUGUCUACAGGAUUUGGUGCCUCCAAAGUGUCGCAACCCUUGGCUCCAAUUGGCACUCCAGCUCUGAAAACAGAUGUCCAGGCUGAUAAAAGACCCCAGACAAUCAAGUCUCUCCAAAAGAGCCCCGUUCCAGUCUUAUCUGGUGGUGAAAAGAAUCUUGCAUCAGGCUUCAUAUUUGACAGCAAGAAUAAAGUUCUUGAUAAUGUUCAAACACCUAUGGGUUCGUGGGGCAAUUCUCGGCUUAAUCAACAGGUAAUGGCCCUAACGCAGAACCAGCUAGAUGAGGCUAUGAAUCCUGGGCAAUUUGAUUCUCGUGUUUCCAGUAAAGAUCAUACUAGCUCAGUUGGUGAGCCCAGCAUGCCAUCAUCAGCUAUCUUGACAAAAGACAAGUCAUUUUCUUCCACUGCAAGCCCAAUAAACUCUUUGCUUGCUGGGGAGAAAAUUCAAUUUGGUGCUGUGACAUCUCCCACAGUUCUCCCACCUAGCACUCGUGCCGUUUCUCAUGGAAUAGGCCCUCCUGGUCCAUGCCGCUCAGAAAUUCAAAUCGCCCAUAAUAUUUCUGCAGCUAAGAGUGAUUGCACUCUCUUCUUUGACAAAGAGAAACACUCUAAUGAAACUUGUGUCAAUCUGGAAGAUUGUGAAGCUGAAGCUGCUGCCUCUGCCAUUGCUGUUGCUGCUAUAAGUAGUGAUGAGAUUAUUGGGAAUGGACUGGGAACUUGCUCUGCCUCUGUAUCAGAGACCAAAAGUUUUGGAGGUGCAGAAAUUGAUGGUAUAACAGCUGCAGGUGAUCAGCAAUCAGUGAGUCAAUCUAGAGCUGAAGAGUCUCUCACUGUAGCUUUGCCAGCAGAUUUGUCUGUUGAGACCCCGCCAAUUUCCCUGUGGCCACCUUUACCGAGCCCACCCAAUUCUUCUAGCCAGAUGAUCUCACAUUUCCCUGGAGGCCCAGCAUCUCAUUUUCCUUUCUAUGAGAUGAAUCCCAUGUUGGGGGGUCCGAUUUUCACUUUUGGACCUCAUGAUGAAUCUGUCCCUGCUCAAUCACAGACCCAGAAGAGUAGUAUUCCAAGUUCAACUCCCCUUGGGACCUGGCAACAAUGUCAUUCUGGUGUAGAUUCAUUCUAUGGUGCUCCCACAGGAUAUGCUGGCCCUUUCAUCAGCCCGACUGGGGGUAUACCAGGGGUUCAAGGCCCACCACACAUGGUUUUCUACAACCAUUUUGCACCAGUGGGACAGUUUGGACAAGUUGGUUUGAGUUUUAUGGGUGCCACCUAUAUUCCGUCUGCAAAGCAACCUGAUUGGAAGCGUCAUCCUGUAUCUUCUGCUAUGGGUGUUGGUGAAGGAGAGGUGAACGAUUUGAACAUGGUAGCUGCCCAACGCAAUCCUACCAGUUUAACUGCUCCAAUCCAGCAUCUUGCCCCUGGGUCACCUCUCAUGCCUAUGGCUUCUACUUUGGCGAUGUUUGAUGUUUCCCCGUUUCAGUCCUCUUCAGAUAUGUCGGUCCAAGGUCAGUGGUCGAAUGUUACUGCAGCUCCUCAUCAGCCCGUUUCCAUAUCAAUGCCAUUGCAACAACAGCCAGAUGGUGUACUUCCUCCACAAUAUAACCAUGGACCUCCUGUUGACCAGUCAUCUGCCAAUAGGUUUUCUGAGUCCCGAACAUCAACACCCUCUGAGAGCAGCCGGAAUUAUCAUGCAGCUAGUGAUGUAACUGUCACCCAGUUGCCUGAUGAACUGGGGUUAGUUGACUCAUCAAACACUACUGGUCCUGGGACUUCGACACAGAAUGUUGUUGCUAAGAGCUUGUCUCUAAGCACCAUCACAGAUGCUGGCAAGAUUGAUGUUGUUCAGAAUAGCGGCAGCAGCAGCAGCAGUGAGAGUGUUGGCCAAAACAAUAUUGCUACUUUUAAGCCUCAGUCUUCGCAGCAAAAGAAUACAUCUUCCCAGCAGUACAGUAAUUCUUCAGGGUACAGUUAUCAAAGAGGAAGUGGUAUUUCACAAAAGAAUAGUUCUGGAGGCGAAUGGUCCCACCGAAGAAUGGGGUUCCAUGGGCGGAACCAGCCCUUCAGUGCAGAAAAGGGUUUUGCCCCCUCAAAGAUGAAGCAGAUUUAUGUGGCUAAACAGACCACGAGUGGGACAUCAGCACCAUCAUGAGCAUGAUGGAGGAUGAUCUUCUUGGAUUGAGAAAAGAGCGCCAGAAAGAAGGGUGACUUUUUGGGAUGAGCGUUUUCUUUACAUUUGGCAUGAUUCAUUGCGUAAAUAUGGAAUGUCAAGUGUGUGAAUUUGAGCGCCAAUAUAAUUAAAGCUAUGCUGGUUUUUGUAAUGUAAGUUUGCAAAACUGGUCGAUAAUAGCAGUUUUGAGUCUUUUGACGAAGUGAGGGAGGAAUGGAUUCUAGUGUGGUAGUUGGUCUAUCGAUUCCUUUAUUUGUCCUUUCUAGGCUGCAAACCUGAUUGUUUAUCUCUUGGUAUUUGAUGUAUUAAAAUUAUUUAUGAUCCUGCUGAUUUUUUAUUUUUUUUAUUUUCAUGGCAGUAAUGAUAAAUGUGAGCUUUGGGGAACGCUUACCUCCGA